CUCAACAGCCUACUGUAGGCAUACGCGUCUGCGCUUUUGGAUACCAACUUUACGCAUGCAUCGACCCCCAGAUCAGGGGAAGGGGAUGGCCGGCAAGCCCUUCCGAGCCACCUACAUCUGGAGCAGCAUCAUCAACAACCUGCAGAUGAGGGUGGAGGUGAAGCGGAGGAGACACAACCUCAAGACCUAUGAGGACUGCUUCCUAGGCUCCGAGGCCGUGGACGUGGUCCUGGCCCACAUCAUCCAGAGCAAGUUCUGCGGCGAUGCCGAGGUGCCUCGCUCCAAGGCGGUGCGCCUCUGCCAGGCUCUGAUGGACUCAAGGGUGUUUGAGGCGGUGGGCACCAAGGUCUUUGGGAAGGAGAAGAGGAAGGUGACUUUUGAGGACAGCAGCUGUAGUCUGUACAGGUUUCUGAACACGGAAAUCCCAGGCACGAACUCUGAAACGAUUGAAAAUGGAUACCACUCUCCUAAUAAGAAGAGAAACACGUUCAGCUCACCUACAAAAAGACAAGAUGAGCAAGUUAACACAACUAUUUCACCCGUCAAGACUGAUAAAUCACUGGAAGACGUUCUUGGAAAUCUCAACUUCAAAACAAUCACACCUCAAAUGAUUGAUUUGGGUCUAUCACAAGAGGUGGUGGAUGAAGUGUGGCACCAGCAGACGGUGCUGCGGCUGCUGCAGCUGAUAGAGCUCCCCCUGCUGGAGAGCCUGCUAGAGGGUCGUGAGAAGCCCCGGCCCCCCCUCCACGGCAUGGACAGCGACCCAGACCUCCUCUACACCAGCAACUACGUGGACCGCGAGAUCCUCAAGGCCUUCAGCGAAGCACAGGCAGACAGCUGGCUCUCGGCGGCGGUGGACUGUCUGGAGUUUCUGCCUGAUCAGCUUGUGGUGGACGUGAGCCGCGGGCUGCCCAAGUGCUCUCCCGACCCGGACGACUGCAAGCGCCUCAUCUACAGCGUGCUGGCCCAGCACUACGGGGAGGCCCAGUACCCACCCCUGCUCAGCAACCACGUCUUCGACAUCCACAGCGGCAUCUCAGAGCUGCUAGUGAAUGGUAAGUGUGAGCAGGCGUUGGAGGCUCUGCAGCUGUGUCUGAAGCUCCAAGACUCCCGCAGCAGAGAGGAGCUCCGCAGGCUACUACGCUUCAUGGCCCUCGCAGCCCAACCACACGAAGUCAGGCUCAAUAAAGAGAUUGAGAACAGAAUGACGGUGAAGAGGUCCUUCUCCAGUGCUAUUGUGUACAGCGCUCGUCUGGCCAAAGGGAAAGUGGACCUCAUGGUGCUGUUCAUGUUGGACAACCACUGUGACCUUUUCAAGAUCCCUGUGUCGCUCCACAAACUUGUCAGUGAUAAGUUCGCCAACAUCAUCAAGAAAAAAGACCCAGAUCAAACAUCAGGUCCGUCUUACUGCCAGCGAGUCACAUCCCAAGCAUACGCGGAGGCCGUCAAGAAAACCACCAGGGACGAGCUGUGGGCUUUACUCAGAACUAUACACGAAAACCACAAACUUUCAGUCAAGGAGAAGAAGCGCUUGCUUGGACAGUUCUACAGAGGACACCCUGAGGUGUUUGUGGAGUACUUUGGAUCCAGACUGGCAACUGUUGAUCUGUAAAAAAAAAGACAAUUGCUGUAAAUAAUGUAUAUACUGUAUAUGUGUUGUAAAAAAAAAGGUGUACAGUUGGUGUAAAUCGUACGUGUGUGCAUAUAACUUAUUGAUGAACUGAUGUGUGUGUGAGCAUGAAUAAAACGGUUUGUCAUGCUUCUUUUUUU